AUGAAAAACCUUUUCAAAUCUUAAAUAACAAAACUGCUCUGCAUUUUAGCAGUUGUGGCUAUUUCUACAUUUGGAGUUGCUUAAAUUUACAAAUAAUUCAAUCACGAUUUGAUUUAAACUGAAACAAAAGGAUUAGAGAACGUUUUAUUUGCCAAAAAUGUUCGCAGUUAGUACUCAGAAGAAGAGACUCACUUAUGCAUUCAUGAUAAAGUUUUAGAAAAAGAAGAAGAAAUGUUUGAGUCCAAGAGAUAAUAUUUUGAAGAGGAAGUUGAAGAAUCCUUUUAGUCAAAUGAUACCACAAUUAGUUUCUAGGGAAAUUUAUAAGAAGGCGAUGGAUGGAAACCAAUUAGAAUCCAUUUUGAUUAUUCUAAUUUAAUGGAUUCUGACGCUGAUGUCAAAAAUUUUAUAACCAAAGAAUUAAUACCAGCUGCUGGAGAUUUCUUUAAGGAAUUUCUUAGAGUGAAACCUUUGAAAAAUCCUCUUAAAAUUGAUCCUUAUUACAGUGUAAACACUUGCGGUUUAGCAGAAAUUAAAAUUCCUAAAGAUCAUAUCAACCAAGGAAUAUAAGAUGCAGAUAUUGUAUUUUACAUCAAAGCAGUCAAUAACGAAAAAGAAAAUUUCUUAGCUUACGCAAGCAACUGUCCUUAAAGGCAUAGAUACUAACUUGGUUCUAAUAGGCCAGUGAUGGGAUAUUUUGCCAUGAAUCUAUUCUACCUCACUAAACACAUAAGAGAUAAGGAUCCUAUGAGAAAGGCUCAGUGGAUAUUUACUACCAUCCAUGAAAUGACUCACUCAUUAGUCUUCUCUCCUUCACAUUUCAAAAAAUUUGUCGAUGGUCCUCUUUCUACUAUUAAACAAGGCGGAUAAACCUUUGUCAGCCACUCAAAAAUAAAGAAACUUACAUAAUAACACUUCAAUUGUUAAGAUGCUGAAGGAGCACCACUAGAAAAUGAGGGAGGCUAGGGAACUGCUGGAGCUCAUUGGGAAAGAAAAGUGUUUGGUAAUGAGCUAAUGACUGGCUCUUCAAUGUACGACAGUGUGAUGUCAAGUUUCACUGCCUCCAUGUUUGAAAUUUCUGGAUGGUAUACUGUUAACUAAGAGAAAGUAGGCACUCUGACUUGGGGUAAAUAAUAAGGUUGUGGUAUUUUUAAGUCUUAGUGUAAUAUAAAUUAAUUUUGCCCAAGUUAAAAGUAAGUUGGAUGCAGCUAUGAUUAUUCAAGCAUUGGUGCUUGCUAAGAUGAUCCUCUUUCAGAUAAAUGCUUUUUCUAUUUACCAUACUCUAAUGCUCAUUGCAAUUAUCCUGCAGAAUCUAUUGCUAAAAUGAUUGAUAAAUUAGGAGGAGCUACUGGACAAAAAUCUCGUUGCUGGAAAACUGAUUUGUUGAACAAGAAAGUUCAUAAAAAAAUUGAUGCUUUUUGCUUUGAAAGUAAAUGCUCAUAUGAAAAUGCAAAUUCUCCAACAGCAUCAUUCAAAUUCGAAGGAAGUUGGUAUGAUUGUAAGCAGGGUUAAGACUAAGUUAAAGUUAAAUCUGGUUACAUAUUUACAUGUCCAGAUACUUUCGCUUUUUGUUAUAGUCAAUCGGCUUGUCCAGAUUCAUGUUUUGGACGUGGUGUUUGUGUAAAGGGAGUGUGUUAAUGCACUGCUGACUUUACUGGUUCCAACUGUAGCCAAGUUAAAUGA